CGAAAGGUCGCCAGGAGAUGUGUAUAAGGAUUUUAGGGAGUCUGUGUUCCGGAUACUGGGUACUCAAGACAAUCCACCUGUUUUUAUUAAUGGCAAGGCGGCUCCUGUACCCAACGACGUUGUCACCACAGAACUUCCAACCGUGUCUGGAGGAACCGCAAGUCAGGCAUAUUCGAUGGCUGAACCUUCAUCUCCUCCACGACCUCUUACCAGGACCAUUCAUCCGGCUCAAGUUCCAUCGUCACAAGAUCGACCUCAUACUCAGGUAAUAAGUGUGCAUCCAGGGGAGGGUCCCUCACCUCCAGCAAAAACAGCGACGACGUCCAGGACACCAAAAUCCUCUUCUCAAGGGAUGCUACAACGACAUGGUAGAGGGGCACCCUCAGCUCUGUGGGUCAUUGGAGGUCCUGGAAGCAAUAAGGCAACACUUUGUGCAUCAGCUGCCAGAGAUAUAGGCUGGGGGCAUGCGAGCUUAGGAAGGGCGCUCAGGGAAGCGGUAGAUACUGCAACUCAGGAACAGAGGAGAGAUCCAGAGAUUAAGAAGAUUCGAGAGUGCAUUAGCAACGGAGAAAUGGUACCGAAGGAUAUUAUUAUGAAGUUCAUUAAUAACCUCAUGAACGAAAAUACGGACAAGGAGGGCAUCAUAAUAGAUGGCUUUCCUAGGGACAUGGACCAAGCUAGAGAGUUUGAGAUGAAGGUAGGUUGUAUUUAUGUUUUCUGGAAUAAUCAUUACCUAUAUUUCUGA